AUGGGUGAUCUGUUGGACAACAUAAAAGAUAAGGUGCUGGGCGCAGCCGAGAAGUUGGAAGAUGCACUGCAUUUGGGAUCCCAUGCCCCUGGAAAGGAGCAUCACCACAAGAGACUUGAGCAUGCGAUGACUUUGGACGAGGAGCGAGCUGGUGCUUAUUUCAAGCAGGAGCAGCGCCUAGAUGCCCAGCCGGCUACCACCCACUUGGAGCAUCUCUGCCGUCUGGAUAUCCGCGAGGCCCCACAUGUUGUCCGCAAAACUGGCAUCAUUUGUACCAUCGGUCCUGCUUGCCGUUCCAUCGACAUGCUGCAGCAGAUGAUUGCCAAUGGAAUGAACAUUGCUCGAAUGAACUUUUCGCACGGAUCUUAUGAGUACCACGGCGGUACCAUCGAGAAUGUGCGAGAGGCCGUGAAGAGCUUCUCCGACAACCGAAUUGUGGCCAUUGCCUUGGACACCAAGGGUCCCGAAAUCCGCACCGGGUUGCUGCAGGGCGGUGGUUCUGCUGAGGUGGAACUCGUCAAAGGCGCUUCCAUUCGCCUUACAACGGACGCGAAGCUCGAGUCCUCGGGAACGGCUGUGAACCUCUACGUAGACUACCUCAACUUGCCAAAGGUCGUCCAAAAGGGCUCGCGCAUUUUCGUUGAUGAUGGUCUCAUCUCGUUGAUUGUCGAUGAGACUCAUGACGACGCCGUUGUGUGCACGGUGGAAAAUGGUGGAAUGUUGGGCAGUCGCAAGGGUGUCAAUCUUCCCGGAACUAUCGUUGAUCUCCCGGCUGUCAGCGAAAAGGAUAUCCAGGACCUUCGUUUUGGUGUUGAGCAAGGCGUGGACAUGGUCUUUGCUUCGUUCAUUCGCAACGCCGACGGCAUUCGCACCAUUCGUCAAGUUCUCGGCGAAGAUGGCAAGAACAUCAAGAUCAUCGCCAAGAUCGAGAAUCAGGAAGGCGUCGACAAUGCCGACGAAAUUAUUGAGGAAUCCGAUGGUGUGAUGGUUGCUCGUGGAGAUCUCGGAAUCGAGAUUCCUGCUGAAAAGGUGUUCUUGGCCCAAAAGAUGCUGAUCGCCAAAUGUAACAUGGCUGGAAAGCCGGUCAUUUGCGCCACGCAGAUGUUGGAGAGUAUGGUUAAGAAGCCGAGACCGACCAGGGCUGAAGGAAGUGACGUUGCCAAUGCAGUUCUGGAUGGGGCUGACUGCGUGAUGCUCUCCGGUGAAACCGCCAAGGGAGAUUACCCGCUCGAGUCACUGAAGAUCAUGCACUUCAUUUGCAAGGAAGCUGAGUCCGCUUUCUACUACCGCAAAUUCUUCGAUGAGCUGCUCCAGAAUACACCGAAGCCAACUGAUAUGACACAUACGAUUGCCAUCGCCGCCACUUCUGCCGCGGUCAGCUGCCAUGCAUCGGCUAUCCUUGUCAUCACCACAACUGGCCGUUCUGCGGUUCUCUGCUCGCGCUACAAGCCUGCGGUGCCGAUCCUGACCAUCACCCGUCAAGAGAAGGCCGCCCGGCAAUUGCACCUGCAUCGCGGUGUGUUCCCGCUUUACUACAACAAGGAGCGCAACCCCGACUGGCCGACUGAUGUCGACAACCGUAUCAACUUUGGCAUUGAGGUUGGCAAGGAACGCGGCUUCAUCCACAAGGGCGACUUCCUCGUUCUCGUCACCGGUUGGCAGCAGGGCGCCGGCUACACAAAUACUCUCCGCAUUAUCACCGCCAAU